AUGAGAGGGUCCUACCAGCUCUCACUGUGUGUUAUUCUUCCACUUCCUCAGAAUGUGAAGGAUUAUUUACUCGAUGAUGGAACUCUGGUGGUUUCAGGAAGGGAAGAGCCACCAACACCUUCUCACCCGGACAGUGAUGAUGAGGCUGAAGAAAUACAGUGGUCUGAUGAUGAAAACACAGCCACACUUACGGCCCCCGAAUUUCCUGAGUUCACCACGAAAGUCCAGGAAGCCAUCAACUUGUUGGGAGGCAGUGUCUUUCCUAAGCUCAACUGGAGUGCCCCGAGGGAUGCCUACUGGAUAGCAAUGAACAGCUCCCUGAAGUGCAGAACCCUCAGUGACAUCUUUCUACUUUUCAAGAGCUCUGAUUUUAUCACUCGAGACUUUACGCAACCAUUUAUUCACUGUACUGAUGAUUCUCCAGAUCCUUGUAUGGAAUAUGAGCUUGUUCUCCGGAAAUGGUGUGAAUUAAUACCUGGGGCUGAGUUCCGAUGUUUUGUCAAAGAAAACAAGCUUAUUGGAAUUUCUCAGAGGGAUUAUACACAAUACUAUGAUCAUAUUUCUAAACAAAAGGAAGAAAUUUGCAGAUGCAUACAAGACUUUUUCAAGAAACACAUACAGUAUAAGUUCUUAGAUGAAGACUUUGUAUUUGACAUAUACAGAGACAGUAGGGGGAAGGUGUGGUUAAUUGACUUUAAUCCAUUUGGCGAAGUCACCGAUUCCUUGCUGUUUACUUGGGAAGAACUGGUGUCUGGGAGGAACUUAAAAGGAGAAGUUAGUGAAGCUGAUGCUCAGGAGCAGGAUUCUCCAGCUUUCCGCUGUACAGACAGUGAAGUCACAGUGCAACCUAGCCCCUAUCUGAGCUACGGCCUACCCAAGGACUUCGUAGACCUCUCCACUGGGGAAGACGCACACAAGCUGAUAGAUUUCCUUAAGCUGCAAAGAAAUCAGCAAGAGGAGGACUGAGUGCUAGUUGAAGCCUAAGCUAAGGAGGAAGUGUGGCUUCUUCAGGAUACUGGUUGUGGACACCAACUUCCUCCAGACUAAUGGGUGGGGCGGGCAGUGUGGGAGUCAGAGCUUUUUAUAUUUGUGGGAGGGGAGGGACUUUGCUAUCUGUAAUGGAGAUCUUAAGUGUAUAAAACCAUACUGUUCUAAUAAUAAAAUAACUU